AUGAGAGAGAUCUCUUCAGCUCAAGAACUCGUUGACUCUCUUACCAACGCUGGUGAUAAGCUCGUUGUGGUUGACUUCUUCUCACCUGGCUGUUGUGGCUGCAAGGCUCUUCAUCCUAAUUUAUGUCAGUUGGCAGAGCAGAACCAUGAUGUGGAGUUUCUUCAGGUGAAUUACGAGGAGCACAAGUCUAUGUGUUACAGUCUUGGUGUCCAUGUCCUCCCUUUUUUCGAUUUUACCGUGGUGCUCAUGGUCGUGUCUAUAGCUAUAGCUAUAAAGAAAUUUAGACAUGCAUUGGCAAAGCAUAGUCCAGAUAGGUGCAGCCUUGGACCAACAAAAGGGCUUGAAGAUAAAGAGCUUGUGGGACUUGCAGCUAACAAAGAACUCAACUUUACUUACACAUCGAAGGCUGUACCAGUUGAGGAAGAAGCAGCCAUCCCUGCUUCAAACCCUGGCCACCCGGUUCCUCAUCCAUCAAUGAGCGCUAAUGAUGAAAAGACAUUGGUCUCCUCAGGGAGAUGA